GGUGUCAUGGCGGCGCUGGACAUUUGUCAUUGGUCCAAGGUCUAAACAGAUGAUGCGCGUCCUACCAUAUACGGUGAAUGGGUCGUACCGGGGAACGUGAAGCUACAGCGACCGCCUACUGGUGAAGAAAACACCGCAGAGUGACGGCUGGGCCCUACGGCGGACACCGGCUCCUGUAGCUACUGUCAGUCAGCUGAACAUCUCAGGAGUUCUAAGCCGGUGCUGAUGAAGGAGGGAGGUUGUCGGAUGAAUACUCUGCCAGAUCUCUGCUGAGGAGACGCUGACCCACAUACACACAGAGAGUGACACACACACUUGCCGCUGACAGUCAGCAGAUCAUCGGUGGUCUCGGUCUGCUUUCAUAGAUUGUUAAGAUGCUUCUGUCGCACCUGGAACUGUGGAAAUCGUACUGGGAAUGUGUUUCCAGACCGUACACCGUGUUCGUCUGCUCCAUUACCGCCGCUCUCUACUUUCUGUGGGGCCGCAAAUGUCAGAAACCAGCUCUGGUGUGCAGUGAGUCAUUCAGCGAUUUCCUCCAUGAACACUGCCCCCUAGUGGCUCAACGCUUCAGCCCCACCCCCUGGUGCUGGGGAGGCCGACUUCAAACCCUUGUCUGUGCCCUACUUAAAUCCAGCCCCAAGAUCACUUAUCGCAAUGAACUGAUCCGUACAGUCGACGGAGGUCAAAUUUCUCUAGACUGGGUGGACAAUGACUUCAGUGAAGCUUACCCAGAAUCCUCCACCCGUCCUACAAUACUGAUCCUCCCGGGUCUGACAGGAACCAGUCGGCAGCCUUACAUCCUCCACGCCAUUAACCAGGCCGUCAGUCGUGGUUUCAGGUGUGUGGUAUUUAACAACAGGGGAGUAGGGGAGGAAGAACUGCUGACUCCUGUCACCUACUGCGCGGCUGACACCUCCGAUUUAGAAUUUGUGGUGAAGCACGUUAAAGGAGUCUUCCCUGCUGCCCCUGUCCUUGGUGUAGGCGUGUCUAUGGGAGGGAUGUUGUUGUUGAACUACCUGGGCCGUAAGAGAAGCGAGUCGGGGUUGGUGGCAGGGUUCACCAUCUCUGUUCCAUGGGACGCACAGAAGUCGUCUGACUCCAUGGAAGAACUGCUCAACUGGCUGCUCUUCAACACGUACCUCACAAACGGCCUGUGUCAUGCUGUCACCAGACAUAGAAAGGUGCUGGAGAAGGUUGUGGACAUUGACUAUGUUCUGAAGGCUCGUACCGUCCGGGAGUUCGAUGAGCGCUUCACCACUUUGCUCUUUGGCUACAAGUCCUGUAAGGACUACUACGUUGACGCCAGCCCAGACAGGAAACUCCACAAUACAUCAGUACCCAUCCUGUGUCUUAACGCUGCUGACGAUCCCUUCUCUCCUCAGAACACCUUCCCUGUGACAAUCGUGCAGGGUCUGCCCAACGUAGCCCUGCUGUUGACGGCCCACGGUGGACACAUCGCCUUCCUGCAGGGCAUGUUCCCUCGAGGGGCGAGCUACAUGGAGCAGCUCUUUGGCCAAUUUGUCCAAGCAGUCUUCGAACACCCAAGUGGCAUAAACAAAGCCUGUGGGAUCAAAGCGUAGACCACUCCCCCUUUGAUCAUUCCUCCUGUUUCCUCUGAGCCCAACUGAAUGAAGGAGCAACUUCCGCCUGUGAAAUUGAGAUAAAAAAAAGUGUAUUGCCUGGCUCUGCAUGCUGCUGAUCCGCCACACCACAGAAACACUGAAGACGACCAAUAACACGACUUGACUGCAGUUGUACUAAACUACCUCUCGCCCUCGUUAGCUUAAAUUUUCUCUUGAAGACAGUGAACAGUCUUAAAGAGGCUCCACAGUCGGGCAGUACGAUGGGUUUAGAUCAUGUGUCUGAAAAUGUGACUUUUCUUUCUUCCCUCCAGGUCAUUCCAUCUUCACAAGAAAACGAAAGAAACAACAACCUGAUAAUAACGUUUAGAAAAACGUCUAGUACAGUGGUCAUUAACUGGUGACUCCAGGGCCACAUCUGGCUCCUACCAAUCAAACCGUCCAGUCUGGCCUGACUGGGCUCCAGAUUACACAACAAAUAAUAAUGUUAGAAAUGUGAUUUUGUACUUCCCCUUCUUUAAACUUUGCAUACAUGCGCUGUUCAUCCAGUUUACUGUGCAGGUUUUAAACAUGUAUUUGAAGCUGAAAACGCACACAGCAGAAUUACACCCUGAAUAGUUGAACUUUUUUUUUUUUCCUUUUCCCACAAUAUCCAUCCACACCAGCGGUUUGUUCAACUAUGUAACCACUAUUCUCCUCAGUGUCUCACAAGAAAGUCCUCAGUUUUUCUACGUCCAUGCAUUUCCACCACCCAUAGAUUUGAAAGAAAAAAAAAAACAAAGCCAGCAGUAUUUGAAAUGAUGAGCUUUUUUAGUUUUAGUUUUUAGUGUGUUAUUGUCAAAGAAAGGAUUAAUAUACAACUGUGAGGUUCGUAAUCUGUUCAUUUAUGGAAAUGAACAGAUAAGCAGUGAUGCUGUAUAUACAGAUACUGUUGUAUAUGCUUGUGAAUAAUGUGUCACCUUAGACUAUGAUGUGUUGACGCCGUACAAACAAGCUCUUCGUCUGGUGGUAACCACUGGCGUCUCUUCCGCACACGUCUUUAAAGGCAGAGCCGACUGAAAUGUGAAGACGGAACACCUCUGACAUCCGACCUGACGACGCUGCGGUUGUUUCACUCAACUCUGCGGCAGACUGAGUUCUCAACUAUGACUGGUGUACACAUUAGGAUUGUAGCCUCCGAUUUAUAGCACUGUCCUUAUUUAUCGGUGUGAUUGUUUACAGGGGGAAAGGUGACGUCGCCAAAACUGAUUUCCUUCCUGCCUUGUCUGAUGUAAACUUUACUGACUUCACUUUGUUUAAAGUGUAACUGUAAUUAGGAACACUUCUGUCUCACCCCAACUCCUGUGUGACCUGUGACUAAAAUAAUGGUGAUGUUGAUCAUCCUCAACACCCCUGGGCAUUAACUGUUCACACACUGGUUAGUGAAACACACUUGAGUAUAACGUCAAAUAAAGGACUAACAAAGUCACA